GCCGCUUCCGCAUGCCGUCGAGCUAUGCCUGCAGGACUUCAUUCAAACCUGAGAUAAAUUGAAAACGUUAUUAAUUCUUUAUUUGUCUGUGAUGAUGCAGACCCUCACGCCUCAUGUGUACUGGGCUCAGCGACAUGAAGAAAUAUUCUUGCGAGUGGAGUUGAGCGAUGCUCGGGAUCUCCUCAUCUUGGUUGAAGACAACACGCUCACAUUCAGUGGCCAGGGCCAUGGAGCCAAAGGGCAGAAUGAGUACGGCUUCAGCCUGGAGUUCCUCCACCCUGUGAAGACCGAGGUGAGGCACAGGUCUACACAGCGGCUGGUAAACAUCACUGUGCGAAAGCAGGAGUACGGCUGGUGGGAGAGGCUCACCAUGCAGGAGAGGAAGCCCGUGUUCCUGGCCCCCGACUUCGACCGCUGGCUGGACGAGUCCGACGCAGAGCUGGAGCUCAAGGAGAAGGAAGAAAAACUCAAUCGAAUCUCUGUGGAAUCGAGGAUUCCCAAAGACCCCUACUUGGGGCUGAAGAAAGGCUACCUCUUCAUGUACAACCUGGUUCAGUUCCUGGGCUUCUCAUGGAUCUUUGUCAACAUGACUGUGCGUCUCUUCAUCUUAGCAGAAGAUUCGUUCUAUGACACCUUCCAUACGAUAGCUGACAUGAUGUACUUCUGUCAGAUCCUGGCUGUUCUGGAGGUGGUUAACCCAGCCCUGGGCAUAGUCAAGACGGGAGUUAUUCCUCCCCUUAUUCAGGUGUUUGGGAGGAACUUUGUACUCUUCAUCAUCCUGGGGGCUCUGGAGGACAUGCACAACAAGCCUGUGGUCUUCUUCAUCUUCUACACCUGGAGCUGCAUCGAGAUCUUCAGGUACCCCUUCUACAUGCUGGCCUGCAUAGAUAUCAAGUGGACAUUGCUCACCUGGCUCAGAUACACCAUCUGGAUGCCUCUCUAUCCUAUGGGUGUCAUUGCAGAGGCGGUGGCGGUGAUCCAGUCCAUGCCUGUGUUUGACGAGACCGGCCUGCUGAGCAUCCCCCUGCCCAAAGCCCUGGGCCUCAGCCUCAGCUUCUCCUAUGUGCUGCACCUCUACCUGGUGCUCAUGUUCUUAGGCCUCUUCAUCAACUUCCGCCACUUGUACAAGCAGAGGAGGCGACGCUUCCGCACGAAGAAGAGGAAAGCCUACUGAGAGAUCCGACGAGACCAGAGCUAGAGGGAAUCUGUCUGCUGAACCUCUCACAUCAAUCCAUCCAUGAUUCCAUCCAUUCCUUGCGUCUCCUCUCCUCCUUUCCUCCCUCCCAUGUUCCGUCCAUUCCUCCACACUCACACAUGCACCUUUUUUUCUCUCUUUAAGGGACCAGUACUCUGACAGUACCUCUCCCCAACCCAAACCAACUGAAGUGCAUUAGGACUGGUUUCAUUCACCUUACGUUACGGUUCCCUGCCUCUUACACACAACCACCCCUUAUAUGAAAAGGAAGGACAGUGAGAUACUAUCAUCGCCUUCUUCAAUAGGCAUCAGCCUACACCAUGAUGUGCUUGGCCAAGCCUGGCACUGAGAAUGUACCUAUACCUGACCUAGCCUGACAUCAGCCAAUGAGGAGUGAGUGAGUGAGGGAGUAGAGGUGGUUUGAGGAGGUUGUUGAAGAUAGAUUGGAGCGCAGUGUGUUAUGUGGUGUGCAGGCAUUGCAUUGUAUUUUAAAUCGGUUCCUUCCCCUAUUCCAUCAAAACCAACACCUCUCCACUCCAACCCCACCAUAGAGAAGGGGGAGGAGGAGGUGGUGGUUGGGGAGAGGAGAGCCGUUUCUUUCUACAGCGGUUAUGGCAUUGCAUGAACGUUUUAUCCCCCUCUUCCACCAAUACUAACACACCUCCCCUCUCCAAACCCAUCCUUGGAAUAGGAGGAGGUGGUUGAAGAGAGGAGCUGUGUCUUCCAACAGCAGUUAUUACCCUGGAUUGUAAACAGUUUCUUCUGCUCUGCAAACCAUUAUCAACACUCCUCCCCUCUCCAACCCCACGCUUCACAAGGAGGCGGUAGCUGAAGAGAGGAGCCCACUGGCACAGGGUUCAUUCCAUUAUCCUAACUCCCGUCCUCCCUUGUGCUUGUGGCCUCGUGAUGACGUUGCAAGACUUAAUUAAUGACAUGAGUUUAAUUCAAUAUCUCACAAAAGCACAACUCCAAGGUCAUUUUCUCAUUUGCAAGUGGGAUGUUUAAUAGUGAAAAGUCCUCCAGAAGUUUUUGAAGCUAGGUUGACAGCAGGGGAAGAAGCCACAAGCACAGUUAGGAAAAUGGAAAGGUCCCCUGAUUUACAGUAGGCAUUGCACUGCAUUGCCAGUUAAUGCAUAACAAACAAUUCCUCCAAUUCUGCCGCCACCAUCACUACCACCCUCCUCCUACUCCCUGACACCAAAGAAUUGAAUUGGAGAGAAAGAUAUGUCAAAGUCCGUCCAUCCAAUGCAAAGGCUUGUCCUCAACUUUGACCUCUUAAGGGGGUGUUGUCCCCUCCUUCUUGUCUUUUUGUGGUGUUUGCACAAGAAGUGUGCUACCGCCAUCUACAGCACUAAGGGAUCUCCAUUUAUUCUCAACCUCAAGAUGCUGAAGGUCUCCUAACUGAAGGUCUUCUGAAGGGGCAUUCACUCAACAUCACAUGGAUACCGGAAAAGAACGAGCGCGAACUAUCUUUCUUGCCUAUACGAUUCUUUGCCAACACCCUGCAUUUGGAAGAGGAGCGCUGGGACCUCAGGGAAAGCGGAGCGGGAGGAGUUGCAGAACCCCACUCAGAAGCGCUGAUUUUGUUUUUGUUUUUGUUUAUGACGUGAAACAGAUGUUUGUUGUGUCUAGAUCUUGCUGAAGAGCACCUGUUGUUAUUAAUAAUAAUAAUAAUAAUAAUAGUUUGGUUUGAAAUAAAUAUUUAAAAACAGACAAGUUACUUGCCUCCUAUUGCUUUUUUUAACAUGCACAAAUAUACACAUACAGUGGUUACAAAUGGAGCAAAUUCAUGUCUUUAUUUAUUUAGACCUUUUCCAUUUUUAAGUUUUCCUUUUUAUUAAAAAAAAAUGCAGCUAUGUACAAAUCUCAGGCAAUCCUUAGCACAGAUGAACAGACUGAGCUGGAAAGCUGGAGUGUCAUAAAAAAAGUGUUUGUUUUUAAAAGUGGACUUCUAAAGUACUGUCUCCCUCCCUCCCUCCCUCACUCCACAGAUUGAUGUUGCACUGAUGUCAUCACCUUCCACACCAUAAGCUUUAAUUCAUCAGAGGUCACAGAAGUCCACUGUGCUAGGCGUCCUUAGAGCACUGGGUGUAUGUCGUCUUCUAGCUUGAAAUGACAGGCUGGUUGAAUGGAUUGGUGUUGGGUUUAGAGUAGGUUAUACGUUCCUCUGGCCAUGGAAAAUUUGAAGUUUUUCAAAAAUCUUUCCAUCGUUCUCCAUGUUAUCCAGCAAGUCAGUCAGAAGAUACCCAGAGUGGACGUCGGGGUGCUGUGGCGCAGCACCGUACCAUGGAGGGCCAGCUUGCUCACGGGGAUUCAGGUUCAAGUCCGGCCUGGGUCAUUUCCCAAUACCAUCCCCCACUUACCUCCUGUCACUAGCAAUAAAGAAAAAAAAGGUCUCCACUAACUCAUUGCUCCAACUGUCCCCUCAGCUGGAAAAAAAACUGUACAUACCAUCCUCUCCUCACCAUCCUAAACCCACUCCCAUCCCCU